AUGAUAAGACGAGGAAGGAACGUGGCUACAGCUAUAAGCCCCCUUUUCAGCACGAGCAGAAAGGUCCAAACGUCCGUGGGGAGGAACCCCGGGAGCAAGCACUCGCCGAACCAUCACGAUGGCUUCAGCUCCCUAAAGGAUGGCUUCAGCUCCCAAAAGGAUAACGUCAGCUCCCUAAGGGAUAACGUCAGCUCCCUAAAGGAUAACGUCAGCUCCAUAAAGGAUAACGUUAGCUCCCUAAACGACGACCUAAGCUUCCUAAACGAUGACAUCAAACACAAUUUGUUCAGGUUAAAAUGUAUCGAGCAGAAGAAAAUAAAAACGGACCGCAUUGUAUAUAAGAAAAUAUUAAAGGACCUUUUGAAAAAAAAGGAAAGCUUCGUGGCCAACGACAUGGUAGAAUUUUUGUACAUACUUAUCUAUAACGACUUGUACCACUUAGACAUAUGCUCCAAUUUUUUUUCUCAUUUUUAUCACCGGUGUGUGCACUCUGGGAGGUACCUGGAGGGCGUGCACGUGAACAGCGUGGUUCACUUGAUCUUCGCGUUUUACGUGUUUGAAGGGUAUGGCUUCUUUGGGGGAGCGGCCAAUCGGGGAAUCCCCAAUUGGGGGGCCAACAGGGGGGCCAACAGGGGGGCAAACACAGAGGCCAACACGGAUACCAACACGGACACCAACACGGAUACCAACACAGAGGCCAACACGGAUGCCUCUACCACACGGUACCGCGAGUACCACCGUAACGACGCGCACAUGAGCUUCCACCUCUACACCCACCUCGCACGAUAUAUUCACGCAAACAUGGAGCACAUAAACAAAAGCCACCUAAUAAAGAUUUUGCUUGUCCUCUCUCAGUUCACAUCCAACUGGGGCACCACUGCAUUCAUGCAGAGUGGAGGCACGGAAACAGCAGAACAGAAAAGCGCCGUAAAAAACAUAGGGAUAAAUUUAUUCCCCAUAAUCGAAUCCUUCGCAGAAAAAAUUGACAUAGCGAAAGAUAUUAAAAAAGUAAAGACUACCCACAGGAGUUGCGAAAAAUUAAAAUUUACUCUCGUGGAAAUGUUUAUGAGCCAUUACAGACAAGUCGAAAUACGAAAUCAUAUUUUUUAUCGAAACGUGGAUACACAGAGGAGCAGCGUGGAAAAUUACGAAACGUAUAAGAAUAAUAUUUUGAGGGCCAUGAGGAAAUAUGUCUUCCUUGAUGAGAUUUACAGCUUGGGGGUGUAUUACAAGAUGGUGUUUUUCAAGGCCAUUUAUUCGCUGCAUUUUUUUCAGUUCCCCUUUUUGCGCCACUUGUAUGAGAUUCACUCUUACGCGAUCAGUAAUGAUGUGGACCAUUUGGACUACAGCGAACGGUUGCAUUUUAGCGGCGAGGGGAGAGGGGCGGUGGACUGGGAGAUGGCCGAGGUGGACGGAGAGAGGGCAGAGCCGAGUCACCCAGAAAAAACAUGCGCGCAGAAGCACUCCCAAAAGAGAUGCGGCGAACGGGCAAAAAACAAAAUCGUGGAGCUCGCAAAAAGAGGGGACGUCUUCAACAAUGCGUACGUAAACCUACUGAACGGUAUUGAAAGCGACAUAAAAAAUUGCUCCCCAGAGGAAGCAUUAAACACACUGCUGCAAUUGCACUUGCUAAGAUUCGUAGACAACCACUUCGUGCUACCACUCAUUUCGAAGCUCUGCAACAGUACGGACAAGCUCCGAAAUGAACAGAAAAAAAAAAUGAACGUAAUUAUAAUAUCUCUGCUAUCUUUCCUUUCGCCCCAUAUUGCGUCCGUCGAGUCAAUCCAAAAAGGACCGCUUCGCGACGUGAACGUAUUUAAUCACACGUACUGCAACAAUGAUGUUUAUGUGGGACACCUGCAGAGGCUGCGAGAGUUCGUGCAGCUCCUACAUAAUAAACAGAUUUUUAAGAGGAAGAGGAAGGAGUUGCUCUCUUGGUCAAACUACAAGUGUGUGUAG